AGGGGCAGGUCGCGGACUCGGCCCCUCGGCCGCGACUCCCGCGAAAGCGAAAGGGCCCCUUGUCCGUUGGGACACUUGCCGCGGCCGCCAGGACGGGCAGCCUUGGUCCUGGUUGGUAAAUGGAUCCCGGGAGUCUGUCGGGGGAGGGCUGCCCCCGAACGCUGAAACCCCGAGACAACGAGCGUGCCCGGGACGGCGCUCAGGGCCGGUGCGGCUCCGCGCCGGCGGGCGGGGGAGAGACCCGGGCCUAGGACCCGGCCCUGAGCUGCGCGUCCUCCCCGCCUCUGGCCGGGUGUCACCUCCUGGCCUCCUUUUCAGUGCCUGCCACUUAGCGCGUGUGUAUUUCACUCGAGGCCGGUUGCCAGCCUCUUGCCGGACCCAAAGAGGAAGCGGCCGAAAGGUCGGGUCUCUGCUCGGUGGAAGGACGGCGAGGAGCGCACGCAAGGCUCGGCUGGGCCUGGCCGGUGGCCCUGCGCCCUGCUCCAGGGGAACCUGCACGUGUAAUCUGGCUUCCGGAUAGAGGGUCGUGAGGACCUCGCUUAAUCCAAAGUCCAGCCCCUGAGCCUAGGGCAUGGUUGGGUCUGGGUGCCUGGAAUCGCAGUCCGUCACUUGCGUGGCCUGGCACCCCUGACUUCCACUCUAGGCGGGGGCGUGCCUGAGUGACGGGCAGAUGAGCAGCACCAGCACUAAGAGGGCUCCAACCACAGCAACCCAGAGGCUGAAGCAGGACUACCUUCGAAUCAAGAAAGACCCGGUGCCUUACAUCUGCGCUGAGCCCCUCCCUUCAAAUAUUCUGGAGUGUAAGCCCUGUUGUCAGGUGGUGGCAGCUGGCCUGGACGGCAGUGUCAGACCUGUCCCGCAAGAGCCCCUGGCGCGGCCUGCUAGAUGUCUCUCCCUCCCUGAGAGAAGAGUGCUUUUCCCGAAAAGGCCUGUGGGUGCGUUACGGACCACGUGGAUUCCAUGUUAUCUCAGCCACCGCAAGGCUGCUGGGCUGUGUCUCAGGAAGAGGACGACUUCUUCGUGUGUUCCCAGUUUCCACGGAUUGGGCACAGUAACAAAACAAGACCACAUUCCUGGGCACUAUGUCGUCAGAGGCCCAGAGAUGACCCCUUAUGAAGGUGGCUAUUAUCAUGGAAAACUAAUUUUUCCCAGAGAAUUUCCUUUUAAACCUCCUAGUAUUUAUAUGAUUACUCCCAAUGGAAGAUUUAAGUGCAACACCAGGCUGUGUCUUUCUAUCACGGAUUUUCACCCGGACACGUGGAACCCAGCCUGGUCUGUCUCCACCAUCCUGACUGGACUCCUGAGCUUCAUGGUGGAGAAGGGCCCCACCUUGGGCAGCAUAGAGACAUCGGACUUCACGAAAAGACAGCUGGCAGCACAGAGUUCAGCGUUUAAUUUAAAAGAUAAAGUCUUUUGUGAAUUAUUUCCUGAAGUUGUGGAGGAAAUUAAACAAAAGCAGAAAGCACAAGACGAACUCAGUAGCAGACCCCAGACUCUCCCCUUGCCAGACGUGGUUCCAGACGGGGAGACACACCUCGUCCAGAACGGGAUUCAGCUUCUCAACGGGCACGCACCAGGGGCCAUCCCAAACCUCCCAGGGCUGCAGCAGGCCAACCGGCACCACGGACUCCUGGGUGGCGCCCUGGCGAACUUGUUUGUUAUAGUCGGGUUUGCAGCCUUCGCCUACACCGUCAAGUACGUGCUGAGGAGCAUCGCGCAGGAGUGAGGCCUGGCACCGAGACCAAGGCGCCACUGAGGGCGUGUCGCACGAGUGUGACCUGGGCCGGCCGGACAUGCUGCCCAGUGCAGGCAGAUGUUUAGGUUUUAAAACCUAGAAAGGAAAGCAAAAGCCAAAAUGUGUGACUGGGCUUCGGAGGAGACUGGAGACUCCACCCUGCCCCUGCCACGUGCCGCUGGCGUGCUGGUUUUGUAGCUUAUCUUCUGUGUUGUCUUUGGAUCUGUUUUAGUAAACCCGUUUUUCAUUUUA